GAGAAGAGCGUAUCGAACGAAAUCAAACGAAGCUUAGUGGCCAAAGUAACGCGAGGGCGUAAGUAACGAGCGGACGCGUCCUGGCGCCGGAUGAAGAGGUUCAAGAUAGUACCGUAAACUAGUCGUUAGUAAGACAGUGGACAGAGCAGGAGAGGCGCGGGCGCGGCCUGUACUCUCUGAAAUCGACCGCACGUACUUAUGACACGCUCGUAACCGGGAAGGCACCAGACGCUCAAAGACGCGAGAAGAUGUCGUCGUCGCUUGAUUACUUGGAGCUCUGCAGGCUCUGUCUCGUCAAAGAGAACGUGGAGCUGCCCAUAUUCGAGGAUGACGGCGAGGCCCGGCAGAUAUACUUCAAGAUCAGCUCCUGCCUGCCGGUGAAGGUGGCACACGAUGACAAACUACCCAAAAAAAUAUGUGAUCAAUGUGGAUAUAAAGUAGAAUUAUUGUACCAGUUUUGGAACACAACAGUCAAUGCAGAAAAACAGCUUCUGCAGUGGCUCGGAGACGUUGGUGAGCUCGAGGAUAAGCAGGGUUAUAUAACCGAAGUCCUUGACUCCAAUGUGAUGAAACAAGAAAGAAGCGGUGAUAGUAGAUUAGAUGGUAGUGUUAUGCAAGUCGCCGAGUCAAGUAACAUAGACAUAAAUAUGAUAGACAAUAUGUCCAUCAUUACGAUGCCUGACGGGAGUGAACAGCAAUUUACCACAGUUCCUAUCGAAGGUAGUAGCACUGUACAAACAGUACAGGUAGUCGCAGGCUCCAGCACACAAGAACAAGCAAACGUAGCCGAGGAAGAGGAGGAAGAGGAUGAGGACAACUUUGAUGACGGAUGUGACAACGAUGAUGGGAUGACUGUAAAAGAAGAAGCUGAAGAUGAUCAGAAUGAAAGAUCUCUCGAGUCUACGUUUGUAAAUGUUUCUUUGCCUUGUGAUGAAGCUGGCCCCUCUGGACUCCAGCAGAAAAUCGCCAACGUGUCUGAAAUAACUUCGCAGACUGCAGAAGGCGACUCUAAACCUGGACAACCGUCAUCAGCGUCGACAAGCAAAAAAAUCUUCGUCAACCAGAAAAUCUUCGAGAGCAUCCAACGUCAGAAAAGUCCCUUCAAACCAGGAGUCGUUGUCAAAUACCUGCCGGUUUCGACGAGAAAGUCGUCCACGAGGAUUGCGAUUAAACGCAAGACCAAGCCCAAUGACCUGAAAACCGUGUACAUUUGCCAGCCGUGCAAAAUGGUGUUCCCAGACGAGCAGAACCUCGCCGAUCACGAGAAGAAAAUUCACAAAAAAUCCAUGACCAUCAUCAAAGAGGUAGGCACCUCGUCGCAACCAAAAAAACCAUCUCCUGCGAAAAAGCUCAACAACAAUCAACGCCAGCGAACCAUUACGAUCGAGGGCACCAUCAGAAAGAAGCAGCAGCAGCAACAACAAAGAGCCCAUACUACGAUAGUACCGCUGAUCGAGGGGUCGAGCUUUGACGGCUUUAAGAAGGACACAGAUGGCCAAUACUUGUGCAACAAUUGCGAUUUCCGGUCGGUCAUUCGCUCGGUCGUGAAAUCCCACGUGACGAACCAGCAUCCCCACAAGGUGAAGGCCAAGAGCGAGAUAGAUGAAAGCGACGUGGAGGACGAGUCGACUUGGCCGAUCGAGUCGAUCGAGGAGUUUGAUAACGUGGUGGAGGUGGAAAGCAACGAGGUCGAGUUGGUCAACACCCUCACGCAGAAGGAAAAGACGGCGGGUGUGAGGAUCUGUCCGUAUUGUCCGUACCGUUCGGCUAUCGGGUCGACCUACCACUCGCACAUCAAACGAAAACACCGGGAGGAGUGGCAAAAGUCCCUCCUAAAUAAGAGCCAGAGAAGCAGCAGCGGCGGCGGCGGCGGCAACGUCGUCGAGUUUGCCUGCAACAUUUGCCUCUACACGACCGUGCGCCGCCAAGACUUGGAGUCCCACAUGCUUCGCAAGCACGGCAUCAGGAUGAACAAGCCGAAGGUGGACGACUCGGAUGAAAAAGCCACAGAGCCGGUUAGGCCCGGGAGAAUCCGCGUAGCUAAGAUAGAAUCUUUGAGGGAAAAGCCGAUUGUCGACGUGUCGGAGCAGGAACCAAGGGAAGAGACGGAAGCCGAGCAGAGGGAGAAAGAGAUAGAGCAGCAGCAGCAUAAGGAACAGGAGGAGGGGUCCAGCAAGUCCCAGCAGCAAGUACAGAGCCGCAGGUCGCAUAGGCGUGGUAUCGGUCUGCAAAAUCACACGGGCUACGCGUGCCAGUACUGCACCUUCGUGGCUGCGACUGUCAUAAGUAUCAAUGCUCACAAUACUCGCGAGCACGCGAGCGGCAAGCCGCCGAUCAAGGAGGUGCCGGUCACCGAGUACGACUGCCAUCGUUGCGACUUCAAGUCCAAAUGUCGGAAAACGAUGCAGCUUCAUCUGAAGGGGCACGAGCACAAGGCCAACGACCAAGGUAUGUACAAUUGCAACAUGUGCGUCUACGAAACUAAUUCGAAGAUGGGUCUGCAGCGACACAUUUCCAUCAAGCAUAACAAGCCGAGGCGGGAGGCGGCCAAACUCGAUCCCAACGCCUCCCACAACUGCGACCAGUGCGAGUUCAAGUGCAUGAACGCCAAGCUCAUGGAGUGGCACAAAAAACAGCACAGUGCGCCUCCCAAUGCAGAAGAGGGCAGGGUUUACUUUUGCGACCACUGUGAUUUUUCCACCUGGGCCAAGAGCCAGCUUAACCAGCACAUAAAGCGAAAGCACAAGCCCGAUGAAAGUGGGAUCGAAGUUGUCGUCAAGAAACAGAAUGGCUUUCCUUGCGAGCACUGCGACUACGUGAGCAAGAACAAGCACUCGCUCAAGGUUCACUUUAUGCGCAAGCACUGCGAGGAGUACAACCACGAGUGCUUGACCUGCGGGAAAAAGUACAAGGUCAAGGCCGAUUUGACGAACCACAUACGUUUCCAGCACCGCGAGCAGGCAAUCAUUUGCGACGUGUGUGGCAAAGUGUGCAGAAACAGCAAUCUUUUGUACCUGCAUCAAAAAUUUGCCCACUACAAGCCCGACUUUGAGUGCCACAUAUGCCACAGGCGGAUGGUCAGCCAAGCCAAUCUCGACGAGCACGUCCUAAAGCAGCACGAGCAGAGGCAAGAGGCCACGUGCGACGAGUGUGGCAAGACUUUUACUAAAAAGGCACGGCUCAAGAUACACAAGAGGGUCCAUACGGGCGUCAAGCCACACUCUUGUAAAAUUUGCGGCAAGGCCUUUGGCCGGAGGAACGGUCUGAGACAGCACUUGCUCAUACACACCGGAAAGAGGCCUUACGAUUGCGACAUUUGUGGCAAAGCGUUCACGCAAAAGACAGGCUUGAUUAGUCACAGGAAAUCUCAUCCGGGGUCGCACCCGCCUCUGCCGAGAGUUACCAUUGAACACGUGCUCUCGACGCUUGACGACGACGAGGAGGAAGAAGGUUGAUUUUAAUCAGUAGAAUGAUUGAGUUUCCAAGCGAACUUAUUUCUUCAGCUAUCUGCUUCUUUUAGCAAUUUGUAUAGUUUUGUAAGCAGUUUUUAAAACAAAUAUCGUGAGCUCUGUUUUGAAUUUUAUUCUGUAUCCAGUACAUUUUUAAGUAUAAUGAAAAUUGUAAUGGUCCUUCAGAGUAAUGUACGCAUUGUAGUACCUAAUAAUGGUUCAAAACUAGGAAGCCCCGAUGAAAGUCGACAGAUAAUGUGGCAAUUAACCCCCUUAUGCAUGUAAAAUUGAAUACUCAUUUUUUCAGCGUUUAUACAUAAACAUCGCAUACAACCUCUAGAUCCAGUGAGAAAUCAUCCCUAAGAAUAAAAUAAUUUUCUCUUGUCCUAUGCAAUGAUUCAUAAGAACAAAAAAUUGAUUCUUAUUCGUUGAGUAUGUAACGAGUAACAAAUCGACAUAAGUAAAAAGGAAAAGAUUUCUUUUAGUUGGCAUAUAAUUGUUUUUUUGUCUGUCAUAUUUAUUAAAAACAUUUUUUACAAAUUCAAGCUUACAAUGAAAUGUGUCCAUUGGAAUAACUGUAACACCAUAGAUUUUAACAAACCGUGAAAAAGCUAUAGACAAGCUCGUACACAUUUUUGUAAAUUAUGUAGAAACAUGUGCAAAUAAAACAUUGUAACGAGUGUUGUCAAAAGUUUUACUCCUUCCUCGUAGGAGAUUUUAGUUUGAGUGAAAAUAGAAACUGUAUCCGUUUUGCUCGUGAAUCUGCUCGUUAUAGUGCGAUUUGACGAAAGUAUCUUUGAUGAUACUUUCACCAAAGACACGGCGCUGUAAACCGAUGGUGAA